GCUGCAGUUUCAUGAGACCCAGGGUGUUUUUCUAAGUGGACAAAGAAGGAAGGCAGUUUCCAUUGAUGAUACAAUGCAUAUUGUGAUAGUGGGGAUUUUACUCUGGUUGGCCUGUCCAGGUCAUGGUGCUCUCCAGCGGCCUGACUACGAUGACACCCCCACUCCGGAGUUCCUCCAACCUUCCUGGAUGGCCAACAUCCCCGACAACCGGCCCCUCUGUGAGGUCACAAUUCCAGGCACCCACAACUCGAUGGCCCUCUACGGUGGUUUCCUGGCUCAGUGUAACUCCUGGCCGCUGGCUCAACAGCUCCAGGCUGGUGUUCGCUUCCUUGAUGUGCGUGUGCGACACAUACAAGGUAAUCUCACCAUCUACCAUGGGGUCCUCUACCAGUGGGCCCACUUUGGGGAGGUCCUGGAAGAUGUGGCAGCCUUUUUGAAGCAGAAUCCCACUGAGACUGUACUGAUGAGACUGCGGGAGGAGCUGAGUGAGACCAGGGACAUCUACAGAGCGGUAGUGACCUACGUGCAUCAGUAUGCACACUGGGAUCUUCUCUGGCACAGCCAGCUUAUGCCAACUAUGGGAGAGGCAAGGGGCAAGCUGAUAAUACUGCAAGAUUUUCCUGGACCACACCUGGGGAUGCAAUACCGAUCACUGGAAAUUGCUGAUGACUGGAAAGUGCUCUCCCUUCAGCCGAAAUAUGUGGAUAAGAAGUGGAAAAGUGUGCGCACACACCUGGAGGAAGCUGCCAUGGCCAGCCAAGCUUAUAUGUUUCUCACCUAUUCCAGUGGUGCUGGUUUUUUGGCGAACCCACAAUCUCUGGCAAAGCGUAUCAAUCCACGCCUGUAUGACUACCUAUUCGCCCAUGCUGAGGAAAAGAAGCGCUUUGGCAUCAUUGCAAUGGACUUUUCCGGGGCAAUGCUGGUGAAACUCAUUAUUGACUUCAACUGAGGAGAUGAGAAAAACAAAAUUAGUUGCGAACAACUUUGAAAAAAAUGAAAUUGACAAGCAUUCAAGCAAUGAGUAUUCUUUAGUAUAAUUAUUUUUUCAUACUCAUGAAUGUUUUAAUCAUUAAUCUACUUCACAUGUUUGUAAGAUUGAUGUUCUUCAUUGUCAGGAAUAAUGUAAGUACUGUUAAUUUAUUCCACAUAAUCCAUUUUAUCCUGUAUUUACAUACUUUUAAUGUCUUCAGGUGACAUUGCAUUGAAUCCAAAUAACCACAUUGAAAUAGACCAGCUUGGUAGACCUAUUUGAGUGCAUUUUUAAACCUCUUAUAGUCUUAUGUAGGCCUACACAGUUCAUUAUUAAAAACUAAUCACACAUUAUUACGAUUGGAUGUUAAUCAUUGCAGGGUACUUGCUUCAUGCUUUUGAACUACUAUUGAAAAAGGUAACAUCAUGAAUAAAUAGUAAGCAAAUAAAAAUUAUGUUCAUUAA